AAUAGAUAUUUCACGGGAUUCCUUGAACUUGUAUAUUAAAUCCUAGUUUAAUAAUAGCCGUGAUGUUUGGCAGUGCGGUAGCAGGGCGUAUUUGUUCCAUUGAGGGCAACAAUGUCUGCGCCGAUUGCGGAUGUUCAUCUCCUCGCUGGGCUAGCGUCAACAUUGGGGUGUUACUUUGUAUAAACUGUUCUGGUGUUCAUCGUAUGCUGGGUGUGCACAUAUCACAGGUUAAAUCGCUUACUCUUGAUAAUUUGCGGCCUGAGUGGACCAAGGUUCUGCUUGAGGUUGGCAAUGAUUUAGCGAAUCAGUAUUACUUGUACAAGUUGCCAGCUCGUGUACCGAAACCUAAUGCCAACACAUCGCCUAGGGACAUGGAGAUUUGGAUUCGUAACAAAUAUGAGCGCAAGAUUUAUGCUAUGGACGGUGUAGAAGAGCCAUAUAUAUUGUUAGCGAAGGGUUACAAUCCUCGUGAGGUAAUAUCACGCGGUGCGGUUCCCGUAUCUCGUCCACAAACUUCAUCUCUUGAGCGUGCUCCUAAGGACGGUUUCGACUCUGCUUUUAGCAACCCUGGUCCAGAUUUCCAUGGUACUAAUAAAAAUCGACCUACACCUGUAUCUGAGGAUUUGUUUGGUACUGCUACGGUUCAGAACACUCCAUUUGAUGCUUUUCCGGAUUCUGGUACAGCCCCUAAAUGGUCGGGUGAUUUUUGGCCCACUGCUUCUGCCAAUGCUGCCAAUGCUAACUCCUUUGACAACAUGAUACAUACAGUUGGUUCCAGCAGUAGCUUUGAUUCUAGUAAAUUGGCUGAAACAAAGAUUGAGGCUGCGAAGGAUUGUAUAUCAAAAAUGUUUGACAAUCCUACUCAGAUUGGUUUUAAGAAUACUUCGUACCAACAGAAUACUCCAAGCUGUGUGCAAGAGGACUUGUUUGAUUUUAAUUUUACUUCUUUGAGCAGCAAGUUGGAGUCUCAGAAGCAUUCUACCAACGAUUUAAUUUGAAUGUGCUUCAUAUAACCAAGCACUGUUAAAUCGUUAUAGCAUGUAAUGUAAGA